GAGAGUCCCUGUAUUUUCUCCGCCAACGAAGAGAGGCUGGGGAUCGACGGCUCGCGUAGGGAUCGCAUACUCCGCACACUUGUCAGGAAUUUGUUUGACUUUCAUCAACAGUCAAUAUUCCUAACGCUGAUCAAUGAGUACACGGAUUGGUCGCGAGCUGUGGAACAGCCCAUCAAUAUUCUGGAGUCGAUGGCAGACAUACUGAGCGAUUCGCUGGUCGUGUCGCCGCUCAUACAAACCGGUGAUUUGCAUUCAGGCCCACCGCUCACCUCAUCGAUAGCCGGUGCCGUCGACACCACCGCCGGAGCCGGCAAAACAUUUUUCUAUAUAUUCACUCAUCAGCAUCCCUGUGUGGUCACUGACAUAUGA